GCUAACCCCUUCAACCCACUCAACAAACGGGUAGGGCCGUAGCCCGUAGGGUAGCCAUGCCGCCGCCCUCCACAGCCGCCGCUUCGGCGGCCCUCCGCCGCGAGGACUUCCUCCGCGUCGCCUCCCCGCUCCGCUCCCUGCUCGCGGCGGCGCCCUACGCACCCCCCGAAGGCUCCGACACCUCCAUCAAAUCCCUCCUCGCCUCUCUCCUCCCGUCCACAUCUCAGCCCCAGACGGGCGGGGCCGGCAAGGAGGCCGUGGACCUGCUCCUCUUCUGCGCCGCCGCCCGCGCGGCCUCCGCGGAGGCCCCCGCACUGCACUGGGUCCCGGAGGUGCUCUCCAAGGCGUCCGCCGCCGCGAUGGAGGAGAUGGCGGCGAUGGGCCGGUGGGCCGGCAUCGGGGAGAUGUUGGUGGCCAUGAUGCCGGAGGCAGUGCCGCCGCUGAAGGCCGUGCUGAAGGAUACAGGCGUGGACGCCAAUGAUGACAUGAUGAUGAUUGGCGCCAUGAAGCCGCCCAAGGAGCACGCCUUUGUCGCCGCGCACCAGUUCCGGUGGCUGUUGUCUCAGGUUAAUUACCCCAAGCUCGGGGACUUGUGCUGGUUAGUCAUUCCAUGUGCUUUGACGGCAUUGGAUCAUUGGUCACCGGAUGUUAAGGAACAGGGAAUGAUUAGCUUCAUGCACAUAGCAAAGAAUGUGAAAGUAACAGAAUUAAGUUUGUAUGAAGAUGCAAUACUUGAUGCGUGUUGCCAUAACAUUCCUGCAGAUGAUGAGUUAUGGUAUCGCGUUGUUGAGGUAUCGGUGCUGCUGUUGACUUGCACUCAGAGAAGCAAUCCACGUAGCCCUUGGUACGACCGUGUGCUUUCUGAGAUGCUGGGCCACCUGGAACGGCAACCACUAAACAAAGAACGUCGUGUUGCAUGGCUUACCCUUAUUGGGCCGGUUUUCGAUUCUAUGGGACUCUUCCUAUUGGCACAUUUUCGUCUCCUGUUCUCUCUCUUUUUCCAAUGGAUACAUGCUGAUGAUGAUAGAACAGUUCUUCUGGUUUUAGAACGAAUUCAUACAGUUAUUAAGCUUACCUGGAUCAGGAAGUCACCCUACACUUCAAGGCUGGUGGAUGAGCUUGUUCUUUUGUAUAAAGAGUCAGCCACACGAAAGAGCCGUGAGAUGAUGAGAAAUCGCAUAAUGGAAAUACUCAUGCUACUCCAGAAAUGCAAAGGGCAGCAGUUUGAGGAAGCUUGGAAGAAGCAUGGAGCUGAUCUGGAUUUAACAUUGUUGCUAUCCCGUUUCAAAGAACUUUGCACUGAAGAUGGUUCGCCAGAAUUUUGAGUUCAAGCGGUAUUCUCGAUGUAGAUAGUUGUUUAACAUAGAUCAAAUCAAGGCUGUUAAAUCUUAGCUGUCAGUGUUUGAACUUGGGCAUGUGUAUUUGCUUGUGGUUUUUUCCUGUAAGAUUUGCACUCGUACUCUCAGCUAGAUACAUGAACUGAGGCAAACAUACCAGGGGCAAGCCACUCUUACGCUGUAACUUUGUAACUUCCUUAGAGAAAUGUAGGUUUGUGACUAUGUACUAAAUCAACACGUAAAAUCCUCUCAAUUUACUUGAGAGAUGUAACUUCGUUUGUAA